AUGGUGUUGGAGAUCGGGGUAGUUUGUGUCAACUUUGUAUCGAUGCUUUGGGAACGUAUUGUGGACUGCGACCUGGCUGCGGCCAGCUUUUUGGCGAACAAGGAGCUGCAACAGCUCCAGCUAGUGGCAGAAAUUACAGCCUCAGCGCUUCCGGGCGACGGCCGCUCCGACCGCUCCGCGGCGAGCGCUCUGCAGAGCGCGCUCCAGCGCUUUGGAAACAACAACUUUGCCAUCACUGAUGAUCUCUUCUUGGCACUCGGUGCAGGGUGCUUCCCCAUUGGUGCGGCGCUGAACCACUGUUGCAGGCCCAAUUGCCUCCUGGCCUACGAGGUGAUUCAGGGACAGCUGCCUUUGCAGGUGGUGCGGGUGCUGGAGCCGGUCGCUGCAGGUGAAGAGCUCACACACUCCUACGUGGACCUGGCGCUCCCCCGGUGGCAGCGCCAGGCCCAGUUGAAGGAGGCCUAUGGCUUCGAGUGCCGUUGCCAGGGUUGUCAAGGCGAUCUCCCGGAGAUCGAGCGGCUUUCAUGCUGCGACGCCCAAGGCCAGGGAGCCUUACUCGCGGGCGGCUGCGCCUGCCCGGUGGCCGCCUCGCCACGCGCCGACGUGGCGGACGCGGCGCUGCGGAGAGCGGAGCAGCUGAGGCUUCAGGCAGCCGCAGAAGAGGAUCCUGUGGUAGAGCUGCAGCUUCUUGAGGAAGUGUGUCAACUCCGCGAAGCCUGGCUCCACCCACGGCACUUGGAGGUCUGCGCCGCUCAUGCCGCUGCCCACACAGCAGCGAUGGCGGCCUUUGAUUGGGCUGCAGCUGAGCGGCAUUGUGCCAAGCUGGUCGAGCAGUACCAAGCGGUGUAUCCAGCCUGGCAUCCCAUCACAGGUUUGCAAAUGUUCACCUUGGCAGAGCUCAAGGAACAGUUGGGACAACUCGACGAAGCACGGAGUUGCUAUGAAGGUGCCGAGCGCAUCCUCACUUUGACCCACGGAGAAGGCUGCGUAGCGUUUGGCGUUGGGCGUUGGGAUUUUGGCUUUGGUGACUUCAGUGGCCUAGUGGAUUUCGCUGAUUGGGACACAGAUGGCUACAUCGAUGUUCUUGAGGCGAGAGGGCAUGGAAUGCGGCAUGAGAUCGUUUGGUUCCAGCAACAUGCUGGACGACCUCGCGACACACGUCACCCUCGCGACUCGCGUCGUCCCAUCUUCUCCAAGAAGGUAAGCUUGAUGAAUUGGACGGCCCAGAUUGAUGGCUUUACGGUGGCUGAUUGGAACAAGGAUGGCUUCAAUGAUUUGCUCAUUUGUUCUGAGCAUGCAGUUCUGUUCAUGAUGAAUGGGGAGGACGGGCUCCUUUCGAGUGGAGAGAUCGCAAGAAACAUUUCAUCCUGUAAGUUUGUCAAAGCCAUCGAUUUUGAUUUGGAUGGCGACUUGGACCUCAUCGUGGACCAUAAGUAUUUCGAGCGAAUCUCUGACGUCCAAGUGGAGGAGAGACAAGGUGCAGCAAACCCAUUGCAGAUCGUUGAGAAUGGUCAACUUUGGGCAGUAGAAGAUUGGGACAAUGAUGGUGAUUUAGAUCUUCUGGUUGAGCGUUUGGUUGGAGAUGGCCAGGGCUAUGCUUUCAUCUACCUUGAGCAACUCUCAGAUGGCAGCUUUCGAGAACCACGUGAGAAUCCGUUCCACGGUUUGUCCUCGAUUGAAAGCAGAUACAUCGGGCUCACCAGAAAUCACCUCGCCGAUUUGAACGGGGAUGGUUCGUUGGAUCUUUGGCAGAUGGGCUCCUUUAGUGACUGCAACUAUGUCUAUGAACUUGCGCAUGUCAGGGACGAGGUCCUGGUGGAGCACACGGUCUCAGAAAAUCCGACCCAUCCUUUUGUUGAUCUUGACAUGCUUGGAGACGAAGUACACCUCGUUGAUUGGAAUCAAGAUGGACUGAUGGACUUGAUCCUUUCUCGUGCCCAUUGCAAUGGCGUGGACGCUUGGGAUUUGGUUGCAUUCAGUCUUCGAAGAGGCCAAGCUUGCUACGCGCAUCGCAAUGCACCAGCCAUUCGCUACUUUCAGGGACAAGACGAUGGCAGUUUGAAGGAAACCUUUGGUGUAUUUGAUCACAUCGAUCCAGAGCCCUACAACAAAGAUGUUUGGACACCUGAGCCAGGUGGCAAAUAUCGGAUCAGUCUGGCUGAUUGGGAUCAAGAUGGAGAUUUGGAUUUGAUCCUGAUUUCUGGGAGCAACAUCAGUUUCUACCAGAACCAAGAGGGCCACCUGACGUGGACGGAUUCAGCCUUAUCCCAUGUCCCGGGCAUGGAGGUGAGAUUCACCGAUGAAGACAAUGCCGUCACAUACCUGCCUGAAUUGAAAGGUGUCUCUUCCCAACCGAUCGCUCUCGAUUGGGACGGUGAUGCUUUGACCGAUCUGAUCCUGGCGCCCGAGGGGCGCGUCUUUCGCCGGACGCGCCACGACGCAUUGGAGGAGUUGUCACGGGAAGAGAAUCCCUUUCGAACCUUACCACCAACCACAGCAACUGAUCUCCAGUGGCGUUUGGUGGACUGCGAUGGGGAUGGCGACCUGGACCUCAUCCGCUUGAACCGCAGCCAGAGACUCGAGGCGUGCGAGCGGAAGGGUGACUCCUUCAACUGCAGCAGUCGCUUCAAGUGCCUCGAGUGGGAGCAAGGUCGACCCCAGAUCUACUCCUUCGACCUGUGGAUGGAGGGCAACGGACACCUCAGCUUGUUGGGCACACCAGUGUCGCCACAGCGGCGAGCCAAGUUUUGGAGCCAAGGCUUUUGCCUGCCUUCGCAACAAUGCAAUGGGAAAGGGCAAUGCCGAAACCUCCAGGGGAUCUGCCAGUGCAUCCGUGGACAUGACCUGGAUGAUUGCUCAGGAUGUCAAGUAGGGUUUGCUUCGGACGGAGAUGGUUGCCAAGCUUGUGCUGCAGAUGAUCGUGGAGAGACAUGUUCGGGGCGCGGCAUUUGUCGCGAUGAUCGCUUUGCCAGGCACCAGCUGAACAUCUCGAACUCAACGCGGCUAUUGGCCAGAGGAGAUGGUUCUUGUCUUUGUAACGAGGAGACCUUCGGCGGUAUGGACGUCACAGGCAAGGUGAACUGCGCCUCUGGGCGGUGCCCCGAUGGCUUCGAGGAAGUUCGGACAGCUGAAGUAGCUUCAGCUCACUGCCAAGCAUGUGCAGCAGGCUCUUCGUCAGUGGAUGGGGCUCCAUGUUCUCCAUGUCUGCCCGGAAGCGCAGCUGGAAUUGGUCGUGCCACAUGUGAAAGCUGUGCGGCUGGCCACUUUUCAGCGACGGUGGGAAACAGCGAAUGCCUUGUUUGUCAUGCAGGAAGCUAUGCAGCAGCUGGCAGCAAUAUGUGUGGCCAGUGUCCACCCGGCACCUAUUCUACCAUCGGUGCCAGCAACUGCACUUGGUGUCCAAAUGGUUGGGUGGCAGAAGGUGCAAGUCCUACAUGUGAGCCCUGCUUGGCUGGCACUUAUGCCCAUGAAGGGCGAUUUUGCCGCAACUGUCCCAGCAAUACAAUCUCAACUUCAGGUCGUUCUGAAUGCGAGCCAUGUGUUGGUUUCUUCCUCGUGGCCUAUGCAGACACCCAGAGAUUGACUUGUCAAGCAAGCAUGUUGAACCUCUUUUUCGCCGUCGCCACGUGUUUAUGCCUCACCGUGACGUUGCUUCUUGCAUUAUGGCUGUGCUUUUACCAGCUCCACAUUGAAGAUCUCAGCUUGCAGGGAGAUGGUCUGGUGGUGACCACGAGCCGUCCACAUCGGAUCUUACAUUGGAGCAGUGAGGCUUCGAUCACGCUGAGAAACACGGGCAGCCCGCCCCUCGAGUGUCUUCAAACGCGAGGUUCCUUUCGAGCUCAAGCGCUCUCGGGACGAGACCUGAAGUUGAUCCAUCCGGAGAGUGUGGGCACAUGGGACACCAGCAUUGGAUACUUGCACGUUCAUAUUCCUGCAGCUUUACUUCGCACAGGGUUCUUACGAAUUCCCUCGGUCCUUUGGCUGAUUCUGCUCCUGGCUGCGGUGGUUCUCCUGGCACGUCAGCUGCUUUUGCACAUGCUGCUUGUCGUGAUUGCGGUGGCGGUUCUGAGCAGUUUGGCUUUGUACCUCCUUUUCUAUUGGAUGGGCAGCAGGACUCCUUUGGUCUCAAGGCGGCGUCGCUUUCGAGAGGAACUGGUGAAGUUGCGCGGCACGGUGCUUUCGCGUUGCCCCAGUGGACCAGAAAGAGCGGUGACCAUUGGACAACUUGGAUGGCUGUGUGAGUUCUUUCUGUCCUUCAUCAAAGAUCGCUCUAUGUAUUAUAUUUGCUCCAACCUGGUCACGCCACUCACGGAGGAUUGCAAGCUCUCCUAUGCAGAGCUUGUUGGUCCCAAGCGGGUGCAUUGGUUUGUGAGCCACUACUGGGGUACUCCUUUCCAGGAGUUCGUUGCUGCUGUCCGUCAUCACGCCAAGUCCGAUGGAGCAGUAGAGUGGCAGAGUACAGCCUAUUGGGUUUGCACCUUCAGCAACAAUCAAUGGCAGGUGGAGGCGGAACUUGGCCAUGGCCUUUGGCAGGAAUCGUCCUUUUACAAGUCGCUUCGCAGUGACACUUGCCAGGGCACUGUGAUGGUAUUGGAUGAGCAAGCGCAGCCGCUGCGGAGGGCCUGGUGUUUGUUUGAAAUUCUUCAAACUCAGCUACGCUCCGCUGAUCGUGGAAGUUCUUUUCAAGGACUUCUCCUUUGCACCUCCAGUGGAGUCCUACGAAAUGGUCAGGGUGGCAUCGAGAUUGCCAUGAAGGUGGCCAAUUGCUUAGCCAGCCUUGAUUUGAAAGACGCGAAGGCCAGCGAUGCGAAGGAUGAGGCAAUGAUCCGCAGUUUGGUGGAACACAUGCCUGGCGGUUUUCAUGCCACGAACUCCUUUGUGAGAAGAUCCAUUCGAGAUUGCUUGCUGGUCACCCACAAGAACUUCGAAGUGGACUUUGGCCGUUUGCUCACGAUCCUGAAUAGUAGCCUCCUUGCAGAGGAUGAUGCCCAAGGGCAUUUGCCAACUUUGCUGCCAAAACCAAUAGCACAUGCAGCUCCUGAAGGCAAGAAGGAUCAUAGCUCGGGAAGUACAAAUUGA